AACAGGAGACGCGGUGUGAAGUGUGCGCGCGCGCUCAGUCCACGGCAAACACAUGGACGCUCGUGGGACUUUAUGGUGAUCUGUUAUUUUUUUGACGAAAAAAAAAAAGUAUUUUGCAAGAGACUUUUGACCGGAUUUAUGCCCAGAGUGUGUGGAUUCUUACCGGCACCCGUUACCGAGAUUUCUGGAAGCGCACAAAACUUCUGAUGAGCUCGAGUGUCAGAGAUGGAGGAUGAAGAGAGCAGAAUUUCCGUGUGGGUUUGCCGGGAGGAGAAGCUCGUGUCGGGUUUAUCUAAGCGCACCACGUGUGCAGACGUUAUUAAAGUCCUGCUGGAGGAGCAAAACUCGCAGGGGCGCGCGUCCGCGUCAGCGCGCGCUUACUGCAUUGUGGAGAAGUGGCGCGGAUUCGAGCGCGUUUUGCCGAACAAGACGAAAAUCCUGCGCUUGUGGAACGCAUGGGGCGAAGAGCAGGAGAACGUGUGCUUUGUCCUCGUCAAGCAGGACGCGUCGUUAGCCAGCAGCGCGCCACGGAGCGCAGAGGCGCGCCUCGUGCCCAGCCGCCAGAACUUAUGCGUGCGCGAGGGCAACGUGCGCCAAGCCACCAUGGGCCUGUCGCCCGAGAAGCAACGGCGCGUGGUCCGAAAGGCGUUCAGGAAGUUGGAGCGAAUCAAUAAGAAGCGUGCCAAGGCGCAGUGCAAGGACGCGGAGAGAAUGGAGACCCUGGUGCAUCUGGUGGUCUCUCAGGAUCACACCAUCCGGCAGCAGGUGGAGCGCAUCCAGGAGCUGGACCGCGAGAUCGAGCUCUACGAGGCCAAGGUGCACUUGGACAGAGUAAGAACGCAUGGUGCCAACUAUGUCCAGGAGACCUACCUGGUGGAGGGAGCGCCAUACAAGCAUCCGUGCCCCGUCGAUGGAGAACAGACUGUUGCCCAGUUGGAGGAGUACGCCCGAAAGUGUGAGGAGGUCAUCAGGCUGCAGGAGGAUCUAACCGAACGUCAGGUUCUUCUGGACAGCAUCACCAGAGAUAUCCAGGAGGAGCUAAACCAGAGGUGGAUGAAGCGGAGACAGGACGAACUGGCUAACAAGGACUGUGAAAAUAACAUCGCUCUCAGGGAAAUAAAUGAAACAUGGAAGAUAAACGAAUGUGAAAUGCCUCCAAAGGACGAUCCGCUCUUGGAGGAGGAGCGGAUUAGGACUCAACUCGACGCGAGUUUGUACAUCGGCCUGAGGCUCAACACAGAUUUAGAGGCAGUUAGGAAUGAUUUGGACUUGACUCAGGACAUCUGGAGGGCAAGAGACAAAGAGCUGAGAGAUUUGCUCGAAAAAGUGGACUCACUCGAUUUAGAGGAAGACAAGGAGGGGGACGGGUGUGAUGUGCUGAAGGACACUGAUAGACUUGAUGAAGACGCAGAGAGUAGACAUGGUGCAUGGGUUGAGCAGGCCAGAGGACUUGCUGCUAAAGCAUGUAGCACCAAUGAUGAUGAUUCAGACACAGGACUCAGCUCCAUGCACAGCCAAGACUCAGACAUUGCCCCUGUUUUCGAGUCUCUGGUAUAGCAACACACACAGGGACAGGAAAAUUCCCCAGAGUUGAAUUAAGACAUGAUGACUGUUUGUAUUUAUAUCCGUCUGGACUGAAAUAAACACUGUAAGAUUCAAUAAACCACAGGAGAUUUAGCUGUAAUAUGGAUAAUUAACACCUGGACUCUUUGACUGUUGUUCAUGCAAUAUAAAAAAAACUAAUUAUAAAACCUCUGGCAAAGGUGCACUUAGUCAGUUAGACUGCACAGAUCUUAUUUUUUGUUGUACAUGUAUCACAUUUUACUGUUUACUGUUGACGUCAGUGUUAAUUUGUACCAAGGUUUGAGGGUGAUUGUUAAGAUUACACCACAGACACUUCUUUUCAAAGGCUGUUGCAGUUUCUAAUUAACUGAUUAAUUAUUGAAGCUUAAUAUAGUUGUAAAGACCAAACUAAUUCUGGUUAAAUGUUUAUCAAGCCUGUAUAUAAGUCAAAUAAAUCCUAUAAUUCCA